AUGUUGAAGUUGAUAUUUUUAGUUAUUUGUUUUAAUUCUGUGUUUGCAUAUUUCACUAUAUCGGGUAGAUGUCCCGAUAAUGUUGGCGUAAAAGAAAAUUUUAGAUUGGCUGACUUCUAUGGGAAAUGGUAUCAAGCUUUCUACUACUCCAGUGAUGGACAGCGUCAAAAUAACUGUUCCACCAUUGAUCUGAUUACGAGACCUUCGGGUAUUUAUCUGAAUCAGACAAGGGUCGAUCGUGGUCUGUUCCAUAGAUUUAGUGUUGGGAAGAUUGAUAUACCCUCAAACAUUGAAGAUGCAUCAAAGCUGGAUAUAAUAUUUGCUUUCAAAAACGCUCCUAGACGAUUGAAGACGCGGAAAUAUCCAUUCCGUGUACUGGCGACUAAUUACAACUAUUAUGCUACAGUGUAUACCUGCCAAUACAGUCAACUGAUAAAUAAGCACUAUAUUUAUGUCUGGAUUCUGUCAAGAUAUCCUACUUUGAAUGCUGUGUCGAAAGAGCUUGCGCUAAAACCGCUUCAGCAAAUUGGGGUUGAUCCCACAAAUCUCGUGCAAGAAGAUCGAAGCAAGUGUAAUCCAAAAUACUAUGAAGAUGUUCCGAUGGAGCCGACCACUUUCAGAUUUCCUGUACCCAUU